AUGGCCCGCCAAUUGAUAAGUUCCGGCUCCUCCUUUGAGGAACAGAUUGGAUACUCCCGCGCCGUAGUCACUGGUGAAUGGGUGUACGACUACGAAACCGGCACCAUCUCGCCCGACGUGGUAGAGCAGACAGAGCAGACAUUCCGCAACAUUGAAAAGGCCCUGUCCGCGGCGGGCGCCAGCGUGCGCGACAUUGUCCGCGUCCGUUACAUCUUGCCGGUCCGCGACGACUUUGCCCCGUGCUGGCCCGUGCUGCGCAAGUGGUUGGGCGGCGGCGGCGGCGAGGACGACGGCGCGCGACCCGCGGCCACCAUGAUGGUCGCGGGCUUGCUCGACGAGGCCAUGAAGAUUGAGAUCGAGGUCACGGCCAGAAAGGGCUCGGCGCGCAGGGUCCGGGAGGAGGGGCAGGGGCGCGAUGAGGAGCUUGUGGUGCUUGUGUGA